AAGGGAGCGAACAGGAAAGAACAAGAAGAUGGCGGAGUAUUGUGUAACAGGCGGGACAGGAUUCAUCGGUGCUUAUUUGGUGAAGUCCUUGCUGGAGAAAGGUUGCUUCGUGCGCACCACGGUGCGAGACCCAGGGGAUGAGGAAAAGGUUGGUUUCCUGAGGAAAUUGGCGGGAGCCAAGGAGAGGCUGAAGAUCAUGAGAGCUGAUCUGACGGAGGAAGGAAGCUUCGACGACGCGAUUCGCGGCGUCGUAGGUGUUUUCCACGCCGCAUCUCCCGUUCUUGUCCCGUACGAUGAAAACAUUCAGGCAAAUCUGAUUGAUCCGUGCGUGAAGGGGACGUUGAAUGUUUUGAUAUCGUGUUCGAAAGCCGGCAGCGUGAAACGUGUGGUGCUCACCUCAUCCUGCUCUUCGAUACGGUACCGUUUUGACGUGCAGAAACAGCAGAUUACAUCCCUCGAUGAGUCGCACUGGAGCGAGCCGGAGUAUUGCAAGCGUUACAAUCUGUUCUACGCAUACGCAAAGACUGUGGCGGAAAAAGAAGCGUGGAGAGCAGCAAAAGAUACCGGGAUCGACAUGGUGGUGGUGAACCCAUCGUUCGUGGUUGGCCCCUUGCUUGCUCCACACCCCACCAGUACUCUGCUCUUGAUACUGGCUACAGUUAAAGGUUUGAGAGGUGAAUACCCGAACACCACAGUAGGGUUUGUGCACAUAGACGAUGUGGUUGCUGCUCACAUCUUAGCUAUGGAGGAAAGCAAAGCCUCAGGCAGGCUGAUAUGCUCUAGCUCGGUUGCUCAUUGGAGGCAGAUCCUUGACAUGCUGAUGGCCAAAUAUCCUUCCUAUCCUUUCGAAAACGUGUGUAGCAGUCAAGAAGGUGACAACUGUGCACAUAGCAUGGACACGAGCAAGAUACAACAGUUGGGGUUCCCGCCGUUCAAAUCCAUUCCUGAAAUGUUUGAUGAUUGUAUCAAGAGUUUCCAAGACAAAGGCUUUCUGUCAAGUUAAUUUCCAUUGUCCUCAUCAUAUAUAUAUAUCCCGGAGCUUGCUUUUCUUUUUACUUAUUCCAAU